CUCUCGGUCGUGGUGCAAGCAGCCAUGUUGCCGUUAUUGGCUUGUUCCGGUAUCAGGGCAGGAUAGACCGCAUUCGGGGCGCAGCUCCUGCCUCCCCCCCUCCUCCUCCUCCUCCUGCCGCCCGUAACACUCACUCACACACACACACACACACCUCCCGAAGAAGAAAAGCCCCAGUUUGCCCGCUAUGGAUUCAACAACUUGAUGAUUCCUCCUCCUUCAGUCGGCGCACCGACGGGACGAGCUGCUGCUAUAUCGCCACACUGCAGUGCAGCACUCGGUGAGCGACCUUAUUCCAAUCACGCAACGCGAGACAGAAAAAGCGCCGGUAAUUUGCGUGGAUUUAUAAGGUUUUUUUUUUCCUUUCUUUUUUUCUUUUGCGGGUCGCCCUUUUGGCAGCCAGCGCCACUCCGGUCUGUCGCUGGGCGAUAGAAGCUAACUAGCUAAAGCAUUGCCAUGAAAGAGGCGUCUGAAAUAGCGCUUUUUGGGCUAACAGGCUAGCCGACGCGACGCAUUCACUCCGGCGUUGCUCGCCUGCAAUGUCACCGCUGGACAAAGUUUCGCCUUUCGCGUCUCCUUCCAGGAAUCUCCCGUGCGGAUUAUUUUUUCCCUCGUCCUGUCAAGAGUCGGGAACAACUUUUGGCCUGAAAGUUUUUUUGGGACCUCGGAGCUAAUCUCGGAACCGUCAAGGGGAGGGGGGGGAAGAGAGAGAAACCGAACCUGUCGGCACAGGGGUGGCAAACUGAAACGACGUCGAGGAGUGCUGUGGGGACAACGUUGAAUAAUAUAUAAAUAUAUAUAUUUUUUGGUUUCAUUAAGAAUUAAGCUGCCCUUUUUUUUUUUUUUUUUUGCUGUUUCGGCUCAACCGUUGCUCAACUUUUUUUCCUCCAGGCUAGCACAACAAGCUAGCUAGCUAGCUAGCCCAGAAACGUCCCGGAAACCACUCCGCAAAACUUUUCGCCCCCCCCCCCCCUUCCUCCUAUAAAUGCUUAUUUGGACCUGAAUGUUUUUUAAACCCAGCAGCAAGCUCAGGUGGAAACAAAAACAUCCGAUUUUUCCUGCGCCGAGGGCCGUUGACAGCCAUGGGACACGCAGUUGCUACAAGCUAGUCGCUAGCUCGCCGGCUAACUCUCCCAACUAGCCGCUGAUGUGGGAUUCAACUUGUUGAUUCAACGGGGGACGUUCUGUUGGAGGUUCCCCCACCACCACCACCACCCUCCACCACUCCGCCAUUAGCUGCAUUAAAUGAACAAGAGACGCUGAUCGAUCGGCCUUUCUUCACGGUUUUCUCCAGCGUGUCUGGGGUGGGAGAAAAAUGUCAACAAGGCCCUCACAGGGGCAAGUCAUUGAGAUCUCAACAGGGCAGGAGCACAAGUCUUCAUCCGAUCGAUACAGCAUGUCGCGAUGUCCACCCACAGACGAUGUGCCCCACAUCGGCAACUAUCGGUUACUCAAGACCAUCGGCAAAGGCAACUUCGCCAAGGUCAAACUGGCACGACAUGUCCUCACUGGAAAAGAGGUGGCUGUAAAGAUCAUAGAUAAGACGCAGCUCAACUCCUCCAGUUUGCAAAAGCUCUUCCGGGAGGUGAGAAUCAUGAAGAUGCUGAAUCAUCCCAACAUAGUCAAGCUCUUCGAGGUGAUAGAGACAGAGAAGACUUUGUACCUGGUAAUGGAGUACGCUAGCGGAGGAGAGGUCUUUGAUUAUCUAGUGGCCCACGGCAGGAUGAAGGAAAAAGAAGCACGUGCCAAAUUCAGACAGAUCGUGUCAGCAGUGCAGUAUUGCCAUCAGAAAUGUAUAGUACACAGAGACCUCAAGGCGGAGAACCUGCUGCUGGACGCGGAUAUGAACAUAAAGAUAGCAGACUUUGGCUUCAGUAACGAGUUUACGUUGGGGAACAAGCUGGACACGUUCUGUGGCUCCCCGCCCUACGCAGCUCCGGAGCUCUUCCAGGGCAAGAAGUACGACGGACCUGAAGUGGAUGUCUGGAGCCUGGGGGUCAUCCUCUACACGCUGGUCAGCGGCUCGCUGCCCUUUGAUGGACAAAACCUCAAGGAGCUGAGAGAGCGUGUGCUGCGUGGUAAAUACAGGAUUCCUUUCUACAUGUCCACCGACUGUGAGAACUUGCUGAAGAAGUUCCUGAUCCUAAACCCUUCGAAAAGAGGCAGCCUCGAGCAGCAGAUAAUGAGGGACCGAUGGAUGAAUGUGGGCUACGAAGAGGACGAACUCAAACCCUACAUCGAACCUCAGCCAGAUUAUAAGGACCCCAAGAGAACAGAUAAAAUGUUGCGAAUGGGAUAUUCUCAGGAAGAGAUCCAGGAUUCUCUGGUAAACCAGAAGUACAAUGAAGUGAUGGCUACGUUCCUGCUUCUGGACUAUAGGAACUCUGAGCUGGACGAGUUACCCCUCAAACCAAGGACAGGAAAUGAUCUAGGCAACAUAAAUGCUCCCUCUCCACCUCACAAGGUACAGCGCAGCGUGUCGUCCAACCAGAAGCCUCGCAGAACCACUGACCAGGGCUCCGCCUACUCAAAGAGGGGAGGUCAGUCAGAUAACCGAUCUGCAACAGACGAUUCAGGGAGGAAGAUUUCAUCAGGCAGCUCCUCCAACAAGGUGGCGGCCAGCCCGCUGGGCUCAUCGGAUCGUAAAAAGAGUGCCACGCCUUCCACCAAUAGCAUCCUCUCCACCGGUACCAGCCGCAGUCGAAACUCUCCGUUGACUGAGAGAGCCCCGCUUGGCCAGAGCAUUCAGAACGGCAAAGACAGCCUAAACACUCCGGGCUCCCGAGCCUCCACUGCCUCAGCUGCUGCCGUCCUCUCCUCCUCCUCCUCCUCCUCGCGUCCCCGCCACCAAAAGUCCCUGUCUUCCUCCAAUCAUCCAUGCCCCACUGACCUGCACGCACCACGGCCCAGCGCUGCGCCGCAGCGGGCGCCCGGUGCCUCCCCGUCCGCCCACAACAUCAGCAGCGCGACCGUGUCGGACCGGACCAACUUCCCCAGGGGCGGCGUCAUCCGCAGCACCUUCCACGCCGGCCAGCAGCGGGGCGCCCGCGACCAGCAGGGCUCCGCCUACCCCGGCGGGCCCGCCUCCCCGUCCCUGUCGCACGGCAACAGCCAGGCCCGGAGGACGCACGGGGCCACGGGGCUCUUCAGCAAGUUCACGUCCAAGUUUGUACGCAAAAAUCUCUCGUUAAGGUUUCCGAGAAGGAGUCCGUAUGAGGGAGAGGGUCGGGAUGAGGGCAGCAGAUCUGUGCUGAGCAGUGCUGUAGACAAGUCGGAGAAGACCUCCGGCGGCGUCCUCUCCUCCUCCUCCAACAACGAUGAGAACAACUCCUCGCCGGGGUCUGGAAACACUGGUGGCACCGGCACGCCUCCGGCCAACGCCAGCCAGAAGGACGCCGCCAAGCCGCGCUCCCUGCGCUUCACCUGGUCCAUGAAGACCACCUCGUCCAUGGAGCCCUCGGAGAUGAUGCGCGAGAUCCGCAAGGUGCUCGACUCCAACAGCUGCGAGUACGAGCUGCGCGAGCGCUACAUGCUGCUGUGCAUGUCGGGCAACCCGGCGCACGACGACUUCGUCCAGUGGGAGAUGGAGGUGUGCAAGCUGCCGCGGCUCUCCCUCAACGGCGUGCGCUUCAAGCGGAUCUCGGGCACGUCCAUCGCCUUCAAGAACAUUGCUUCAAAGAUUGCCAACGAGCUCAAACUGUGAGCGGAGAGGAGAGAUGAUGCUGCGGUGGGGGGGCGGGUGGGGGGGGGCGGGUGCUAAUGGGUGGGGAUCACUUUAAAAACAUGAUUGUUGUCCGGACUAAAGUCUGAAGCAGGGCUGCCGGUUCUGAGACUAGAAACCUUUCUGAUGGAGACUCGCUCCACAAGGAGAGGCUCAGAGCCGACCUCCUCUGAGGUGUGAAGUACUUUCAGACCGCGGUCCUCUCUCCCCCCUCCCCUGAAGGGGGGGGGGGGGGGGUUCUGUCAUCUUCUACUAAAGACGUUCCACUCUCCUGCAUGUCUGAUCUGUUUGUUUUUUUUUCUGUUAGGAGGCACUUUGAUCACUCGGACCACUCCAGUUUUUCCUCCUUGUAUUUAUUCAGUUUCUGCACGGUUCUGCUGCCAUGUUCUCCUGAGUUUGGGGGGGUUUUGGGGGGUUUGGGGGGGGUCGGACGCUGACCGGGUAGAAAGAAAUGAUCCAUUGAGCCUUAUUUCGCCGGGAUGUUUGGUUCUAGUUCGCGCCGCUCGUCCUGAAAGGUGAACGGACUCCAGCUGAGCCACAAACCCACACAGACCGGCUUGUGAUGGACAACCCCCCCCUCCCCCCGCCUCCCUCCACCCACAGUGAACUCACCUCAGCGUCUGUCCUCCCGCCUUCGCUCCUCAUCGCCUUCUGCCGACGUCAGCACAAACUUACCCGGCUGUCGCCUUCUCACUCCGUUUUCCGUUUAGUUUCCCAGACUCCAUGUGGCCGUCAGCAGCCCUGCAGUCGGCAUCUUUAAGUUGUUUUUUUUUUCCUUUAAGUGGCUUUUUAAAGAGUUGUGCACUGGAACAAGAUGGGGGGGGGGGUAUGAAGCGGAGGAUUUUAAGUUGCCUUUAGUAGAACAAUACAUUUGGGGGAUGUUAUGUUUCUUUUUUUGUUGUCGUUGUGCUCAAACGAUUUUUGUACUGUUGCCCCCCCCCCAACCAACCCAACCGCGCUCGGUUGUCAUUAUGCGUUUAUAUCCAGAAUGUCGACUUCUUCGACCCCCUUCCCCCCCCCAUCUUCCUCCCGCUUGUCGCACGUCCCAAAGAGCAAACUCACAGGAAGAAAAGUCGUGUUUAUUUUGGAGGAAUAAACAAGCGUUUAGACAAGAUCACUGGAAGAAAAGAAGAAAAAACACACAAAAAAAAACGAUAAUUGACGACGAAUGGUGAAUUUCCUUCCUCUACUUUUUUGAUUUGAUAAUAUAUUUUUGUGUUGUUGAAAUUAUCGGGGCUCUGUACAGAUGUUUUGGAGGGGGGGGGGGUUUAUUUGGAUCAUAUCAUUGCUGCCUUUUUUUUUUUUCUUUUUUUUUUAAGGUGUACUGCACCUUUAACAGCUCAGAUUUAACACCAACCCUCCCUGGAUUAUUGAUCUAUUUAAUGAUUAUGGUGGUGGUGAUGAUGACUACUGCUGGUUUAGGAUUCUCUUUUUUUUUUUUUUUAUUACUUUAUUAAAGACGGGCUUUGUUGGUCCAGAAUGGCUUGAAGCUGAUUGAGGGAGAACAAAGAUUUUUCUUGUUCACGCUCAGAAGAAGAAGAAAAAAAA